AUGAUUUUAAAUAAAUUGUUGCCUAAGCACAAACGGCUAUCGACAAAACAACAACUCGUCCUCCGAAGAUUAUACGCCGACCUCAUUCCAUGCAGCCCGACCGGUGUUUCGCCGUCUCUCCGAGGUCUCGUGCUCGGGUGUUUCGCCCAAAAAGGCGACACGACCGGCGAAACUCUGACGUUCACACCGACGGCCAGCAAGUUCAACGAUUCGCUCGGCGGCAAGUUGAUGGAACAAUUGCGGUACGCCAAGCCGCCACCGGCCCGCGGAGACGUGCGCACUUUCUACGGGCUCGACCAAACUUACCCUUACGUGUCCGUGGUCGGUCUGGACGACGGGUGUCUCGGCUACAACGAAAAGGAGGGCAUAGACGAGCAAAAAGAAACGGUGCGCAACGCCGCGGCAUUAGGUAUCAGAUCCCUGCAAAAUUUCGACGUGCAGAAAAUCUACUUGGAAAGUUUCGAGUCUGCGGAGAGCUCUGCCGAGGGCGCGUCGAUGGGAAUGUGGGCGUACCAGGACCUGAAGUGUCGGCGAAAUUGGCAGAAUAUGCCGAAGCUCGAGCUGUACGACAGUUGCGACUGGACCGGUUGGCAAAUCGGUCUGCAAAAGGGCUCUGCGCAGAACUUGACGCGGCAGCUACAAGAGAUCCCGGCUAAUCUGUUGACGCCCAAAGCGUUCGCCCGAAACGCGGUCGCGCUGUUGUCCAACCAGGGCAUCGAUCUGCAGGUCCGCGGUAAACACUACAUGGAGUCCCGGCACAUGAACGCGCUGCUUGCCGUGGCCGGCGGGUCUUGCGAAGAGCCACAGCUCCUGGAGGCUACAUACGAAGGUUGUGACAUCGACGUGCCUCCCGUGGUGCUGAUCGCGCCGGGUCUGACUUACAACUCGGGCGGCCUGGGAUCGCCGAGGUCGUGCGAAGACCAGAGACACUCCCGCGGUGAAAUUUCAGGCGCCGCCGCUCUAGUGGCCGUCCUGCGGGCGGUCAGUGCGCUCAAGCUAGACAUCAACCUUAAGGUGAUCAUACCCUUGGCCGAGCACGUGAUCGGUUCAGGCUCGUUGGAACCGGGAGCGGUGUUGAUGACGAAAAGCACGAAGACCGUCCUGGUGACCGACACUGUAAAAGCUAACCAACUUAUCGUUGCCGACGUCAUGUCCAUGGCGGGCAUGUCCGACUGUUACAACGCCAAAAUGAUAAUCGACAUCGGCCCGUACGUAGACUGUUCGGAAAUAUGGUCUUCCCUGGCGUUGGGAGUAUUCACGAAAAAUCCGUCGUUAAUGGAAUCUAUAAAAGCGGCGGCCAUGCACACCGGCGACCGAGUCUGGAGACUACCGCUGUGGAAACAGUCGACCGUGCACGUCCAAUCGGCGGACCAAGCGGACCUUGUAAAUUCCAGCAAGCAUUUUGGCGCAAACUCCAUGCAAGCCGCGGCUUUCUUGCAAGAAUUCGUGCCCAGAGACGUGCCUUGGAUGCACCUGGACAUCAGCGGGCUCCUAAAGACAACGGGUCGCGAUGCCGCGUAUCUAGCCGAAGGCAUGUCCGGUCGACCCACGAGGACGCUUAUAGAACUGUUGGCGCAGAUGACAUGCCAGACAGCGUCUUCGAUAACCGCAUAA